AAAAUGUGUCAAAUAUACAAAAAACAAUACCACACUUCAAACCGAUAAAGGUCCAAAGCUUAGUACACAUUUAUUUGGGUUUAUGUUGAGUCCGUUCUACCCUCAUGUUCCCAUACUGCUCUGGAUUAUAUUAUGCCAUUGCCAUGCCAAAGAUCUUCUGCAGCUUUUCCGUCCAAAACCCGACCUACCCAACGAGCUAAACGACUUUCUGACUGACGUACAGCACCACAAAGACGAUUUCGCCUUCAUACGUCACGUGGCGAAAAACCAAAAAAAAUACCAAAACAGCUAUUUGGAAAAUCAACACCUGUUCGGGGAGGAAAUCGACGAUCAGCUGACCGUGAGUCCGGAACGUGGUGAAAAUGCCCGGGAAAAUGAUGCGGGUAAAGUGGAGCAGCUCUUACCGACCCCCUCGCCCCUAUUCGAAAGUUUCAGGCAGGAGCCUAACGGUUUAUUAGGCUCGAAAUAUGGAAAUUUGAAUUUGGAUUUGGAUGCUUUGACGCAGGAUAAGUCUUUGAAAUCGUUGUUUCCUCAGCCUAGAUACAGCAAAUACCUCCAUAGCCCGAUAAGGUUCCGCAGGGAACUUGAGGACAACUAUUUAAACCAAAGAGUAAGAACCAACUCUGAGGGCAAAUACGGAAACAUCCGAAGGGAAGAACCCAAAUUUCCUGAUAACAAAUAUCAUACUGGUUAUGUGGUUGACGAUCAUGAGGAAUAUGAUGAUUCUGAUGAUUUUGAUGGCAAAAAUAAACGGCAAGUGGAAAUAAACAUUAAGAGUGAUGGUAAACUGGUAAAGCACAUAGAGGAGAACGACGGCGGCCCAAAGUCAAUUAUCCUCAAUAUCAAGUCGAAUAACCAGAAUCCUUCUAGCAUGGUCCAACAGACUGUAGCUGUAGCGACAGCGGCACCUCAAAAACCAUCCUCAGUACAGCCGAAUAGCAACAAUGUGCAAAGCAACAGCAAAACCAUCCCGAAUAUUGCCGACAGCAAUAGCAACAAUCUGUUGAAUAAUAAGAACUUUGGGGUGCCGAUUAAUUCUAUACCCUCUAGCAACGUUUAUGCUAAAAAUGAUGAACCAAUUGUUCAAGAAGCGAUGAGAAAUAAUGGCAAAAAAUUAAGCUUACCAGAAGUGGGGCGUGUUGCUACAUUUAACGAUAAACCGUUCAACCCCUUGAGUCGAACCGAUUUAGGGAAUGACGAGAUUAAGUAUUCGGCCGGGGGUGAUAGUCAUAAUAUGGCCAAGAGUAUCGAUAUGGCUCAGAGUAAUAUGAAUAGUAACUUGGAGGGUGGGUUGGCGAGGAAGGAGCUGCCAAGCAUGGACUUAACCUUAAACGCCAACAAAGAAGACGAUUUCGACAAAAUCCAAGGAUUGGUCAUCGAUAACACCAACUCGAACGAUAAAACCAUAAAAGAAACCCUUAAAAGGCGACAAUUAACCCCUUACGACAACAUUGCCGAGGGAUUCGAUCAAUCAGCCAUUGAAAAACAACCCUUAAACCAAGAAAGCAUCGACCUCAAUUACCCCGGAGAGUUUGGACAGCAACAGCAGGUAUUCCUCAACCCCAGCCAACCCUACGAGUUAAUAGAACAUAGCACCAGGCAUAUCCUGAUUAUCCCGGUGAAUACCACCCAAUGUCGCGAUAAUAGUGAGGAGGGUAAGAAGGAGGAGGAAAUUGAGCAGCAGAGGGAAGCAGAAGCGAUUGGGGAGGCCAUCGCCCAAGAGAUCCAAGAGACGACCACUUGUGAAUGCGACUCUACUACUACUACCACCGAAGAGGUGCAAGAGAUCGAAGUGGUCCAGUCGGAUAAAGAGAAAGCGGGAUACAAUGAACAACUGAAAAGAGACGUGGAGAAAAGGUCAAAGAUCAAAGGUCGUGUGAAGAUCAUCAAGAAGAAGGGCAGAAGUCAACUGGAUGCAGAGGAACUUGAUGAGAUGUAUGAAGAGGAGGGGCCUGAAGGGCUUUUAACAAGAGAAAAGAGAGCGAGAAAGAAGCACUUGAAAAGAAAGAAGGGCAAGAGGAAGAGGAAGAAGAAGAAAAAGAAGAAGAAGGGAAAAAGGAUGGCGGCAGAUGAUGGCCAGGACUUGGAGGAGGAAAAUCGUUUUAAAAGGGCAAAACCGAAACAUAAGAAAAUUAUAAUCGUUAAGAAGCAUAAAGGGAGGCCCAGAUUGCGUCCAUAUAAGAAGGGUUUUAAUGGGCUUGAGGAAGAUGACGAUGACGAUCAAAACGAGGACGAACCGGCAGCGGCCGAAACAAACGAAGAAAACAGACCGAAAAGAGGAAACAAAAAAAGCAAGAAAAUCAUAAUUAUUAAAAAAAAAGGAAAACUGAAAAACCUUCAAAAAAGCCACAAUAACGACAUCCAAGACAUCUCUGAAGAGGCAUCAAAGGAAAGCAUGGAAAGUGACGAAUAUUUAGACCUUGAAGACGCAGAUGGAGACUCUGAAAGAGCGAGAAGGGCCGUAAAGAAAAGAAGAAGAAAAAAGAAAAAAAAUAAAAGAAAGAAGAAUAAAAAGGGGCAUAAGAGAGAGGACCUCAGUGAUCAAAUUAUAGAUUUAGGUGAAGCUAAUCUCAAAAAACAGCCAAAUCCAAGACGUCCAACUCGCGACGUAAACGACCAAGACGAUCCCUCAUUGGUGAAUUUUUACGAUCUUAACGAGUCCUACGAGAUUCCGGGGGAAAACGAUUUUAUUCCCGCCUUUAAAGGACGCCAAUUGAAGUCUAUCGAGGCCGAAUACGAUCCUGCGAUCAUUCAGGACGUGGGAAACCACGAGGACAAAGAAAUCGAGAAGUUCAAGAAGGAACAUCACUUGGAUGGAGCACAAGCGGUUAUGGAGGUAGGUCAGGGGAUGCAGGGUAUUCCUAAUUACAGGAAAAAGUUCCAAGAUUACUCCGAGGAGGAGGACUCUUCAGUGCCAAAGCUAAAAAAAAAAUUCCCUAUAAAAAAGACCAAUAACCGGUUGGCCUUCAACCCUGGAGCAACAACUGAAGACAAUGACGACGACUACAACUACUCAGACCUCAGUGACAUGGAAGAUGAAAAGGAUGAAGACGUGUCUUACUAUGAAGAAGACAAUGAUAAGCUGGAUGUGGAGGAGGCUUCCCAGGAUACCACAGAUCAUGAAAACGACAAAUUAAUAAAUCUGGAUCGAGUGGAUGACGAUCUAAAAAACCGCCUGUCAACCAUUGCGGAAAACAAUAUGAUUUAUAAUAUUGUAGAACUUCCAGAGAGCAUUUUAUUGGACGCUAAGAAUCUGCUGUCAGGUGCUCACGCCCAUGGCCAAUCCAGGAACAAAGGACACAAGGUGAAGAAAAAAAAGAGAAAACAAGUGAGGAGCGUCAGGGGGCACGGUGCUAAAAAAAAAAGGAAAAAACAUAAGGAGAAAAAGAGACGGCGCACCAAGCAUAAUAAGGGGAAGCAGCAUUUUAGGGUGAAUAAUCCAAAUCACAAGCGAGAAUUGAGUGGUAACGGGGGUGAAAGUGAACGGGGUUUUCAAGGGAAGCCUUUAACGGAGGAGGAGAAGCAGGAAAUAUUUUUGAAGUAUAAUCCGGAAUUUCAGCGAUGGCCCAGAUUCAUCGGUGACCAGCGUCGAUCUGAAAGGAACCUGGACAACCCGAACCCAUUCCCCAUAUCCAACGAGUACCUACUCAAUCCAAAACUAGACUUCGUGAAGCGUCAAGAACCCUCUGAAGAACCAACACCUGAAGCAGAAGAAACCUCGGAAACCAGUUCCACUGAGGCUCCCACAUCCGAAUCUGUUCAGGGAGAAUCAGUUGAAGCUUCUAGUAGUGAAGCGAGCUCCGAAGCUGCUAAUGAGGCAGAAGAACCCUUGACAACCAAAGUUGAAACAGCUUCAAAUGAGGCCCCAAUAAGUAGCGUAUCGCAAGACGUAAACCAGGCUGCCCAAGAAGUACUUGAAACGAUCAAUUCGGAUGUCUUGGAGAGUACUGGGGUUGCUUUUGUUGGUGGUGUUGGAGAAGCAGCUGGUGCAGCGGCAUCCGCCAACUCAUCUACUGAAUCUUCUACCAAGUUUGUUUUCACUACUAUAGCCGAAGACUUGACAGAAGAUACUAAUUGCGACAUGUCUCAUACUAUAUCGAUAUGUCCGGAAGAGACGGGCAGUCAUGUGCCGAUUACUGUCACUAGUGUUUUGCCCUUGAUCCAAGAGAGCGCCACUGGGAUGAAGGUGAACAUAACAAAAGAUGAAUUUUUGGAUCUGAACGAGAUUGUCGGUGGAGAGCUGCCCAGGUACGUUGUGAGGGAUUCCUUGUCCAGUGCCAGAGGGAGUGUGAGGCACGGCCUAAAGACUUCCAAAUAUAAUAUGAAUUUGCAAUUGGCAAACUUCAAUAGUAGCGCCGAAACCGGGAUGAUACUGAACGAAAUGACCAAUUUGAUGUUGAAGUUGAAGUAUCACACCACUUGUCAAAGUUUACCGGCCAAUUUGCUCAGAUAUGUGAAAAUUAUUACGCAGAACGAGAUGGACGAUCCUAUGUGGAAAAUUAAGGAGAUGAAUGAUAUAGACUUUGACGAACACCAGAGCAAUUACGUGUUCCGCACCGGUCAAACCGAGAACAUCCAGGACAAAGUGGACGUGCUCAAGGAGCUCCUAAACAGGUUCAAUAACCUGCCGGCAGAUUGUAAGGAACGAGCCGAACCUGUGAAGGAGUACAUCAUGUCCCACCUGAACAUGGCCAACCAGAUUUCCGGUGUAAAAGUGGAAGUUACCACCAAGGCAAGUGGUAACAAAACCGGAGGUUCUGCGCCUUCGGGACAACCUAGUGGAGGAACCUCUUCUUCUUCUUCUUCUUCUUCUACUAGUGCUGGUGGCGGUGUUACUUCUGGAGGGAGUAGCGAGAGCCCUAAAGUAAAAAAAGAAAUAAACCAAAGAGACUUGGAAAUCGACCAUCGGGAUACUCGGGUGCUCGAUGAUCGGAUGAUGGAAGAAGGUCUUCAGAAUCAGAACGCGGACGCCAAUGAGGUGAUUGAAGAUCACGAUAAAAAAAGUAAAAGAGACUUAAAUAAUAUUCAUGGUAUCAGUACGUCUACCUCACCUCAAUAUGGGAGGCUUGCUGAGGCAGUGAGGAGUGUCAAAAAUAAGAGGGCCAUACUAAAGCGGAUCAGUCAAAUAUAUGGGAGAGUAAAAGGUGAGGUGAAAAGGAAAACUAACGAAAAAGGUUUCGAGCAACCGAGAGUGAUCGAUUUUUAAUUUUAAUUUUAUAUAUAUAUUUUUUUAUUCUGAUAAUUAUUGUAAAAAUAAAAAGUAUUUUAUGAGAGUUUA